AAGAUGCCACGCUCCUUCCUGGUGAAGAGCAAGAAGGCGCACACCUACCACCAGCCCCGCGGCCGGGAGGAGGGACUGGUCUGGCCACCUGCCCUGAGCCCCGCGGCCAGGGACCAGGUCCUGAGCAGCGACCCUGUCCUCGGCACCCUGUUCUCAAGCCAAUGUCUGAACUGGACCGACCUCAAGCGGGAGCCAGAGCUGGCGCUGGACCAGAGCCUGCCCAGGACGGCCUCUGCCCCAGAAGGGCCUGUUGUGAGGUCCCGACCUCAGGAAGGAGACUCGCCCCCCUCCGACUCACCCCCGUUCUACAAGCCCAGCUUCUCCUGGGAUGCCCUGGCCUCGUCCUACGGCCACGGCUACCGGCAGGCCCCCUCCACCAUGCAGUCCGCCUUCCUGGAACGCUCUGUCAGCCUGUACGGCAGCCCUCUGGUGCCCAGCGCUGAGCCGCCCCUGGACUUCAGCCUCCGCUACUCUCCGGGCAUGGACGUGUACCACUGCGUCAAGUGCAACAAGGUGUUCUCCACCCCCCACGGGCUCGAGGUGCACGUCCGCCGCUCCCACAGCGGGACCCGGCCCUUCGCCUGCGACGUCUGCGGCAAAACCUUCGGCCACGCCGUGAGUCUGGAGCAACACACCCACAUCCACUCUCAGGAGCGCAGCUUCGAGUGCCGGAUGUGCGGCAAAGCCUUCAAGCGCUCGUCCACGCUGUCCACCCACCUGCUCAUCCACUCGGACACGCGGCCCUACCCCUGCCAGUUCUGCGGCAAGCGCUUCCACCAAAAGUCGGACAUGAAGAAGCACACCUACAUCCACACAGGUGAGAAGCCACACAAGUGCCAGGUGUGUGGGAAGGCCUUCAGCCAGAGCUCCAACCUCAUCACCCACAGCCGCAAGCACACGGGCUUCAAGCCCUUCAGCUGUGAGCUGUGCACAAAGGGCUUCCAGCGCAAGGUGGACCUGCGGCGACACCGCGAGACCCAGCACAACCUCAAGUGA